AUGGAAGUCUUCCUGCUGUACCUCGGAGGGAUCGCCCUCGGACUCUUGACCAUCGAACUGCUUGGAACCUCCUGCUCGGCUUGCAAGCAGCUAAUUUGCCACAAGUGGCAGAUCAACCAGAAUCCCACGCCAGUCGUACCAGAUUGGAUCUAUACGGCUGCGACAAUUGGCAUCGCUAUCGGAGUGGUCACGCUGGUGGUUGUCUUCAUCUCGCACCGGAGAAGGGUCACGCGGAGCAAGACGUACCGCACCAUGGUGCAAGCAGCCGAAGAGCAUCACAUGCAGUGCCAUGCGGCCAUCCCAAACGACUCGGGCGUCAUGCAUUUCACGGAUAGCUGGAAGGCUCGGCCUUUUCGCCUGCGUGACAUCGUUCGUGUCUCGCGACUUCGUGUCUACGACCUCAACAUCGUAGGCGUUGGUUUUCCUCUCUACAACAAUGCGAUGAUCAGCUUCCUGCAGCGGGGACAUUGCUGUAAGUCGGGAGACAUGACAGCUUCACAGCAGACGGUGGUCUUGAAGUUGCGACCAGCAGACUGGGGAGUCCUCCAGCAUGUGCAGGGGCCUCUUAAAGUGUUGCAGGCGCUCAUUGGGCAACAUGACAGCGAUUUGAUUCUUGAUUGUACUGACAUUCGAUCAGUGGUUCUUGGGGCCGCUGACAUUGUUCAAGGGGAAUCAGUUCAGAUGGCUGAGUUGUUCUGUGGCGGGUUCAAUGGUUUUGCUCAGGCGGCUUUUGUACUCAAUCGGGGAUCUGUGCCUCUUCACGCUUGUUGGUCUUUGGACAUUGACGAGGAUUGCGAUCGAAUGAUCAAGUGUCGCGAACCUGCUACGCAGUUCCUCCGCAGCCCACAAGAGUUGGAGGAGGCUGUUUCGCUCCACUCUGAUCUCGUGCAUGUGUCCGCAGACAUCAAAUGGAAUUGGUGGAUGCGCUGCUUCUUGCAUAUGCCUGUGCAGCUCGUAGCUGCGAGCCCUCCUUGCCAGCCUUGGAGCUCGGCCGGAAGUGAGUCCGGCCUCGAUUCUUCUGAGGGUCAGCUGAUGCUGCGCCUCAUUGAUGUGGUGAGUGCUGUAGGGGUUCCGGUUAUAGUUCUAGAACAGGUGGCAGGCUUUGUCCAGCAUCCGCAUUAUCCUAUUGUCAUGCAGGCAUGGGCUUUGGCAGGCUACGAGGUCAAGUGGCAGGACACCUUGAAUCUGCUUGAUGUGCUUCCCUGCCAGAGGGUUCGCCACAUAUGUGUGCUGGCUCGCACAGGCCCCCUGCCUGAUGUGAGUAUUUCACCAGUCAGCUGGGCACUUGGGCGCAGACAAACUCUGGGUCAUGCGCACGCUGUGUUUGAUUUGCCAGGGCCCUUGCUGCGUGCGGCCAUACCAGAUGAUGCCGCCCUGGCCAAGUAUCUCGACCCGUGGUAUGUGCCAGCACCUGUUCGGGUGGGAGCCCGUCAGCAAACACCGGCGCAGUACCGAGUCAGAACUGUGGAUGGUCAUGCUAGCACCUUUCUUGCGAUGUAUCAAUCCCAACACACGCUUCCCGAAAGCAUGCUUUCCCGCAAGGGUAUUCUAGGCUGCCUUCUCCAGCAUCAGGGCUGCUUGAGGUUCUUCGCAGGUGCUGAGGUUGCAUCGCUGCAUGGAGCGGUGCAGCCCAUACUGCUGGAUGCACAGGCUGCAGUUCAAAUGCGCAUGCUUGGCAAUGCCAUUGCGGUUCCACAGGCGGUUGUGGGUUUGGUUUAUGGGUGCCUAGUACUGGGUCUUGAAGGGGUGCCUGAUCCUGCCAGUGCUGUUCACCUGGCAUGUCGGUUGCGACUGCAUAACCAAAAUACAGUCUUGAUUCCGGUUGAUUCCGAUUGGAUCCUCUGCUCCAGAGAGCAAACAGAAGCAGUUAUCAAAAGCGGCGGUGGCCUGCCGAAAACAGCAUGGGCCACACCACCCUCCCAGGUGCUCACGGAGGUCACUCUCCAGGCAGGUGAUGUGCAGCAGCAACUGUGUGUCCCAGUCGGCAUGCGGCCGGUUGACUUGUUGGCCCACAUUGGUUGUGUUGCGGCACCAGGGCUCCCUCAUCUGUCGCAGCAGCCUCUCUUGAGUUGUGCCACAAUCCAGGUGCUUGCACCAAUGAGCCUCCCUGCUGAGCCCUCGGUUGGGGAGAAGGAUGGCUGUCUGCACUGGAGUGUGGUGCUGACACCUGGCCGGGUGUACGUUGUCUCUACGGCCAGUCCUAGUACAUGGUCGCAGUUGCUGUGUGUGGCGGAGGAUGUACACGUUGAGGACUGCCGCUUGAGUUUGUUCUCGGUCUAUGGGACCAGGCUUGAACACUUGCAGGAUUUUCAGCACUGUAUGGUGGCAGUCCCAGAAGACCCUGACCUGCCCGUCUUUCCAUUGCUGCACCUUGCCCAUGCUGGCGAGCAACUUCGGGUGUUCCGCCUCCGAGGCGGCCUGGCUGCGGUGUCACCGGCAGAUGGUGCUAUGAACCUGUGGCUGGGCACUCCCUUUCAUGUUCUCAGUGCCCUUGGUUGGCAGGCGGCUGUGCAUGGGUACCCUGUUGAGCCGGGCGCAACGAUGACCAUUAGUAUGGUACCUCUUCCUGUCUCAGUGCGUGUGUCGGAGGAUCAGCUCCAGGGCCUUUGGCGAAUUUGGUUGUUGGUUGCCUUUCUCCAGCAAUGCCGUGCCACCCAGAAUACAGGUGCUACCAUUGCCGUGGAGGUCCAAAUUGUAGCCAAAACGGUGUGGACCGGUCAUCUGCCAGCGGACUUGGAGACUCAAAUGCUGGAGCAAUGGUGGGCGAAGGCCUCCAACAUGUGUGAGCUGCCGCCGCGCAGCCGGAUCUUCUCAGGUCCUUUCCCGCUCCCCCCCAGCCUCCUGCUGCAGGAUGUUCGGUCGCAAGAACGCCGCCAUGUCGUUCGCAAGAGCGGGCUGUUGCUCCUCAGCCUUCAGCCAGAAUGUGUAGGAGGUGGGGUAAAGUCUGAGAAUGCAUCCUGGACGCAAACACGUGCCGCGUCCCUUUGUCUUAGCAACGGACUUGAUUUGGCCCGUACCACACAAUUUGUCGACCAGCUCACCACAGCAGCUGGCGUGCCCAAACUUGCAGCUGUCCUUCAGGGCCCAACCUCGGAGCGGUGGAGUAAUGUCUUGGACUUAGCCAAGCAAGUCAAUGUAGCCACGCCAGUUGUCACAGGUCACCAGGCCAAGGCGGAUGUCCGAAUGAAAAAGGCAGCGCAGCGACGACGUGCCCAGGAGCGAUACUCCAUCCAAGCGUCCGAUGUGUCCCUCACGCCGGAUUUCUUCUUUAAUGCGGACGGGUCUCCUGCCAACAUCCUGCCCGGACUGCAGCCUGGAGCCUCUGGAGUUUUCUUGGUUGACGAGGGCGAGGCACCUGAACUGCUCAGUGCCCUCAGCGGCGUGCAACCGGAUGAGUUGUGCUUGGUUGUCCUCGGCCAUCACUGUCCCGACCCUUCGCGCUGUGAUGGUAAGCUUUCGUUCCCGGCUUGCGCGUGUUCGGAUGCUGCCCCAUUGCUUUUGGCCGGCUGUCUGCACAACCUGGGCGGCCGCAAGGUUGUGACCAAACAUCAGUCCGAUGUUGCUGUGGACCUGCCUGAGGUCUUCUGCUGCUCCUUUGAGGCUUAUGGUGAUGAAUUUGAUGGUGAGUCCUGGCAGGCCCUGACUGCGUCACCUGUGAAGACGGUGCAAGACAUCUUUCGCAAAGCUGGCAUUGAUAAGGCGUUUGCAAACCCAUGGGGGCGCCAGUUCUUUGCCGGCGAUAAACCCACCGUUCCUGCCAAUGCUGAAAAGGCUGUGUUCCAGGCCAAGGUUGAUGCUAAGGUCGUGCAGCAGAUGCUGGAGGUUAGCGGUCAUAACCGGGUCUACAUGGUGCCGCGCAACCCGGAUCGGACACUGCAGCAUGAAUACUCGAUUGUCUGGCUUGGCAACAGCAAGGCUGAGGUACUCAAGCUGUCGCUCCAGGUCAAGGGUCAGCUUGGUAUUGUUCGUUCCAGGGCGAGAUUUGGCAUACGGGUCGCGGCGACCAAAUUUGAACAGACAUUUGGGCAAUUGCGCCCCGGCCAGGUUGCACCGGCUAAGGUCGAGGUAAAGCAUUUGUUCCGGGUCGGCCCGUUGCCAGCCGGUGCAGGAGCUGAUGAAAUCCGUGAAUGGGCCAUGAAAGCUGCUUGGCAGGUGAGAGUGAUUAAAGCCCUCGGUGCCUCACAUUGGCUUCUGGGCGCUGCGGGUGAGCCCCCUUCGGUGUUUCCUGCCUUUAACGGACAAACGGUGCUGAUAACCAAGCUCCCUCAACGUGCUCCCCAGCGGUCAGAGCUGCAGUCAGGUUCCUUCAAUAGUCGACAGUCUUUUCCCUCUGGGCAGCGCGCCGAGGAGGAUCCAUGGAACCUUUCAGAUCCGUGGAGUUCAUACACUGCGAAGCAGAAAUUGCAAGCAACCAGUGCCCCAUUGCAGCCAGCUAACACUGCACCUGCCCCUCGGCACUUGGGCGGCCCCACCGAACAGCGGUUCAAGGAGCAGGAGGGCCGUCUUCAGGCGCUGGAAACUGGUUUGCAGAACCUUCGGCUGCACCAUGACAAGCAGCACGAGGAAAUCCUCCACCAACAAAAGGCCGACCGCGCUGCUGCCCAAUCGUCAACAGAACAGCUCCAGGACCGCAUCGCCCUGAUUGGUGCUGACUUUUCCAAACAGCUGCAACAGAGCGUGGCCUCGCUCCAGGGCGCCCAGGCGCAACAGCAACAGCAGAUGCAGUCGAGCCUGGAUGAGAUCAAACAAUUGAUGAUGUCGUGCCGCGAGGGCCGGGAUGUGAGUAAGAAAGCCAAAAUGGCUGCGGAGAAGGAUGAUCUCUGA